AUAUAAUAUAAUAUGGAUGUUCUGCCCAUGGAUGAAGAAUAGCACGAACAACAUCAAAUUCAAUCAGGCAACAAAGACUUUGAUCAGGCAACGAUGUACGUGACAAGGCCUCUGUCCCUGUGCCUUAGGAACCCGGGAGCUUUGUCGGAGCCGCCACCGGAGGGCCCGAGUUCUGGAUUCCUGGUGGUCCAAGAUGAAGAAGCUGAGAGCACUUGCUGUUUUGGGCUGUGCGAAGACACCCGCAUCCGGGACCUCCCCUUCCCUCAGAACAAGAACCUGACAAUUCGUUACACGACGUCCCAGCAAAACGGCACGACAAAUUCUUAUCGAGACGAUGUCAUUCUGAUCCCGGUCCUCAAUAAACCACUCUCUUCAAACCAGUACUAUGCAAUUCAGCCCCGCGGGAGGCACAAGGGGGAAGCACAUGCCAAUUCAAAGGACGAGGACAUGACCAACUGCUUAUGCUUCAGCUUUGUCCACGACGCGGACCCAGUGCCUCUCAAUCCUCAUAACAUAUACCAGCAAUUUGUAAUAGACCCUUACGAGACCCUCUGUACCGCGGGCUCAUUCUCUGCCAAAUCCCUCGCUUCUGAUGGCCACCCGCCUAGAUUCUUAAGAAGGAAGGGAUGGAGAGUAUAUUCCAAGAAACCCAAGAACUUUUACUUAGGGGAAGCCCCUGGAAUUUUUGACAGAUCUCUUCGCGCCCAACUCCCGAGCUUUGAUGUUGGCACGUUCGAGAAGAGCUCACAGCCUGUGCUUGUUGGAAGAUGGUACUGUCCCUUUAUGUUCGUGAGGGACGGAGCACUGGGGGAUCAGGUGAAGAGGUCGACGUACUACGAGAUGACGCUUCAGCAGAGAUGGGAACAGGUUUAUGCUUGCGAGAACGAUGGGCUAGAACGCAGAGAACCAAGUGACAGAAAUGUUCUCGUGGAUGUCUCGGUAAAGGAUACAGCCAUUUUGGUUGGCGGGAAGGAAGCUAAGCAUGGAAAUGUAGCCAAUGGGAUUCUGUGUUUUGUUGGAGAUGAAAGGGAGAGUUGUGGGGUGGGCUUAAGUUUGGGAAUCAUCGAAAGGAUGAAAUGGGAAGAAGAGAGAUUCGGAUGGGUUUCAGGGGAUGACAACGGGCAACUGAGGGUGAAAAGAGUUGAGGAGAUUGAGGGUUCAGGAAGCGACUGGAAGAGGUUUGGGUGUUACGUGUUGGUUGAGAGCUUUGUAUUGAAGAGAAUGGAGGGGAGUUUGGUGAUGUCGUAUGAUUUCAGGCACACGCAACAUGUCCGAUGCAAAUGGGAAUGAAUAAGGACAUCACAUUAGAAACGAUAAUCAGUUCUGUUCUGCGGAAUCUCUACCAAGUCAUUAGUUAGUGCAGGAUCGAGGAUUUGGUCAGUCAGACCCCGGUUCUAUUGUACGAUUUGUUACGUCUGCAGUAGCAUAAUCUAGCUAUGUGAUGAGAUGCCUCGGUUUUUAGUUCGAGUAUUUGAGUAGUGUUAGUUCGUCAUGUAGUUAUCGUGGUUAGCUGCCGACAGUGGCAGGCUGCAGCUGGCCUAGCUAGCAGAAAAUGUUUUAUCCCUUGCAUCAGUAGACGAAGGUGAAAUCUCAUGCUGAGUUCUAGCACAGUUUCAAUCUUCCUUUCUUACAUCCAGGACAGAUUUCAGAAAAUGGCUGAGGUCAAUCAUUCGACUCAUAGAGGUAGGUGUAUCCGGAGUGUACGUCUAGAUUAAGGUUCCGAUUAAUUCAAGGAAUUCAAUUUUCUGGCUUGCGCUCAUAGUGCGCGGACUUGUGAUGGCAGCUAAGAACCCGAAAGCCCUUGCCACUUUGUUAGCUUAUUUCAAGGGAUAUGAGACAGUUGUGUAGAGGUAGUUUUCUUCAUAUAUAUUUGCACGUUUGUUCAGUUUGUUAGCGAGUCGAAUCAUUUUGUUCUUGUACUCCAUAGACUCAAUUCUACAGAGGUUUGAAUGAACUAAUUUCUUUCUCCUUUCA